CGGCUGCGCAGGAACAGCUGGUGGCUCUGAAGACGGCCGGCGAGCGCUCGGCCGUGGGGUGCUCGGGGCCCGCCGCGCCACGCUGCGGGAGCCGCCGCCGCCGCCUCGCGCCGCUGCACCAUGUCCGGCCAGCGGGAGCGUUGCGAGCGCGAGUGGCACGAGCUGGAGGGAGAAUUUCAGGAACUGCAGGAAACUCACAGGAUCUACAGGCAGAAGUUGGAGGAGCUGACUGUGCUCCAGACUUUGUGUAGCAGCUCCAUCAGCAAGCAGAAGACGCGACUGAAGGACCUGAAGCGCACGCUCCAGAGGUACAAGCGCCGUGCCAGUCUGGAGGAGGCGGAGCUGGUCCAGCAGAUAGAUGUCACCAUCAAGGAGCGGCAGAACACCUUCUUUGACAUGGAGGCCUACCUGCCCAAGAAGAACGGGCUCUACUUGAAUCUGGUCCUCGGCAAUGUAAGCGUGACCCUCCUCAGCAACCAGGCCAAAUUUGCCUACAAGGACGAGUAUGAGAAGUUCAAGCUCUACCUGACCAUCAUCCUGCUCCUGGGGGCUGUGGCCUGUCAGUUUGUCCUUCACUACAGGGUAACGGACGAAAUCUUUAACUUCCUACUGGUGUGGUAUUACUGCACCCUGACGAUUCGGGAGAGUAUUCUUAUCAGCAACGGCUCAAGAAUUAAAGGCUGGUGGGUGUCGCACCACUACGUGUCCACCUUCCUGUCUGGAGUGAUGCUGACCUGGCCCAACGGACUAAUCUAUCAGAAGUUUCGCAGUCAGUUUUUAGCGUUUUCCAUAUUUCAGAGCUGUGUCCAGUUCCUGCAAUAUUAUUACCAGAGGGGCUGCCUCUACCGGCUGCGGGCUCUGGGGGAAAGGAAUCAUUUGGACCUCACUGUGGAGGGAUUCCAGUCCUGGAUGUGGCGGGGCCUCACCUUCCUCCUGCCUUUCCUGUUCUUUGGCCAUUUCUGGCAGCUCUACAAUGCAGUCACGCUCUUCAAGCUUUCCAGCCACGAGGAAUGCAGAGAAUGGCAGGUGUUCGUGUUGGCAAUCACCUUCCUGGUCCUCUUCCUGGGCAACUUCCUGACCACCCUCAAAGUGGUGCACACCAAACUCCAGAAGAACAGGAACAAGGCGAAGACGCCGUGAGCCACGGGGCUGCGCCCCCGAGCCCGGGACUUUGAGACUGCGGGGGUCUCAGUCGGCACCCUCGCUGCCGGUUCCUCCUCAGCAGCGCCAGUGGCCACUGGCGCAGUGACCUCAGGGGCCAGUGGCCUCCCCGGGAGCAGGGCCAAGGCCCGAGUCCCCGACUGGACAAGAGAAAUGUGACCCAGCCUGUCCGAGCAGUAUUAGCCACCCUUCCUAUUUAUGACGUAUUUAAUGCCGCGCCCUCCCCACCUCCCUAGAAUCGUAGCCCCCGCUGCUCUUGGCCGGACUGUCUUCCUGGGGGAGGCAACGCCUCAGGGAGCCCCUCUGUCCCCCGGUCCUGGCACUUGAAGCCCUCAGGGCAGGGUGUGGACAUGCCUCCUGAGGUUGGAUGUGUGACCUGUUACUUACAGAGUCCCAGGCGGAGGCGGGAGGGGGGCCCUGGGAGUCCUGUGGGGACUCCCUCUGCAGGCCACGCUUCUGCUGUCGGCUCCCUCCUCCUCCCAGCCUCCGUUUCUCUGUGGGGCGGGUAUCUACCUUCUCAGAGAACCGCUGUUGUGCCUUGUGCUCUUUGUGCUUCCUGAGUCCCCUGACUGCCGGUCACCUGGGGAAAGUGGCCGGGCCGGCCUGAGGCCUGGGGUUCUUGGCCCCUGGAGCAGCUGGGCCCAAGGCAGGCAGGGUUUCUGAGUCACCACCAGAGGGCGCCCCAGCCUCGGCACCAUGUGGGUGGUUUGAGGGCGUUACUUGACACUUCCUGACCCUCUACCCUCAGCCCAUCUUCCUGAAUCCUUGCAGUGGGAACUCAGAGUGAGACCCAGACCCUCAGCGCUGGCCUGGACUUCAGCCAGCACCAAUGUCACCCAGCCCUCCAUCACCUCCCUUACUCAGAGGUUCCGGAAAUUGGGGUGGGGGGUGUCUGGGCAAUCUCACUUUCAGAAGGUCACACAGGGCAAGGCUGCUGGUCACCUCACGAUAGAUCCUGAAUUGGAGGGUGAAGAAGCCAAUUUUCUGCCCCUUCUCCCACACCUGAGCCUCAUCUGCCCUUAACGACUUCCCUACAAAUCCUCUUGGACCAGAGGUCAUAGCUGGUGUCCACAGCUAUGCUGUGGCCCUCAAAGGGGUUUACAAAUUUUUUAAAUUAGUUACAUUUUUAAAAUAUGGAAUCCACCCCCAGUAAGAUUCCACACAAAAAUCCAGGUCUUGACUUUCCCCAGAUAAGUGGAAAGCCCUGGCCGUGUUCCCACAGAACAGCGCUCACCUGGGCUGGCUGCCUGCCCGGAGUGGCGCUUGCUUUCUAGUUUGCGGAGACCCCACCACCCCCUCCUAGCCCUGCCCUCCUUCACUCUCCACGCCGCCCAUCUGGCCCUUUAAGAACUUGGGUUUGCCCUAGACCUUUCCUGUGACGGGCCAGAUGGUCACAGUCACAGUGACUUUAGCCUGCAGUUGUGGGGCAAAAGCAGCCCUCGCAUAAAUGAAUGGGCAUGACUGUGUUCCAAUAAAACUUUAUUUACAAAAACACACAGCAGCCAGAUUUGGCUCACAGGCCAUAGUUCGCUGACCUCUGUUCUAGACCCUCAUUUGUCCACGAGGCCCUGGACUCUGCUGGAACCAGAGGUCCUUGGUCUGAAGGCUCUGGUGAGUCCCCAUGGAGGGGCCUCCAGGAACCUAGGUGGGGUGCGGUGGGCUUAGAGGUCUUGCCCUAGCAGGUGACUUCAGAGAAGCUCAGGCUUAGGCACAGCGCUGGGCACAGGGUACGGAGGCAGAGAUACCUGGGGAGCAGGAGCCACCUGGAGCCAUCACCCCACCUUCGGUAGCGCUGACUCCAGAGUGAGCUCAGGACCAAGCAGCUGUCAGUCUCUGGGGUACUGGAAUCCCCUGGGGCACUUUUAAAAAAUUCCUGGGUCCCUGAACCCAGACCUUCCAGAAGGAAGUUCCGUGAAUCUGCGGCUGGGGGACGGUCAGUCAAGUCCGAUCUUGAAGGAGGCCAGGGUGGCCUUGGCUCUGGAACACAUCCCCCAGCAGUGGGGGCUGUGAGGGGCAGGGGGGCUAGACGACUCCUUUGCAGACAGGGACACAGUCUCAGGACUGGCCUGCUCACGAUCAGGAGCUGCUGUCACUUCAUCUGAGUUUCCGGCAGUGGGGGCUGCAGGUGAGGAGACCCCGGGCAGGGGUCGGAUGGGUGGUCUACAGUGUUUGCUCUGCUUUCCGAGUCUCUUCUCCCCCUGGUCAUGUGCACCCGGAUCUGGGCAGAUGUCGGCCACGCCAAAGGCUACCACUGAAGUCCUCUGCGUAGAGUGGGUGGGGGCGAUGCAAUUCCUGUGUCCGUGUCCGGGGCUGCGUUCUCCUGAUAGGCCUGGUCCCAUCGUGGCUCGGCACUCCCGGGGGAAGGAAGCGAGACCGGAGGAUGCAGCUCUGCCUAUCUCCCCAGCCCAGGGCCGUGGGGCGCUGCCAGAUCCACAGUGGCCCAUGGACCAGUGUAGUUGGUUGUUUCAAGCACAGGCUUUGAGGACCUACUGCGUGUUUGAAGGGGGACACGUGGCUGGGGGGAGAGUGCAAAGAGGGCACGCCAGAGUCCUGGGGACAAAUGCCAGUUCCAGGGCACAGAGGGCCCUAGUCCGCACCCUCACCCACCACCACACAGGCCGAAGCUCGAGUUCCUGGUCAGCCCAGCUGGGAAAGGAGAAAGUUCCAGACCAUCCAAAGAGUCUUGCCACAGGCUCCAGAUACAACUCCGAGUGCCUUCGUGAGCUGGGGGUGGGCAGGGUCCCGGGGAGUAGCCGGGCCGGGCCCUGUCAGUCCUGUUCUGAGGGCUGAGUGCCCGCCCUGAGAGGUCAGAGCAGCAGGCACCGCCGGGGGUGUUUCUGCCGCUGCGCUUUCUUCAGGGCGCUGAGGGCCACCUUGGCGGCCUCUCGGAAGACGUCCUCCACGUUCUCCCGAAACUUGGCGGAACAUUCCAGAUAGAGGGCGGCUUGCAUCUGCUGGCAGGUGUUCAGGCCCUGGGGGAGGAGGGGACAGCAUUCGAUGAGGGGCCUGGGGCGCCUCCCGACACCCCCUGGUGGGCUUGGGGCUGGCUUUAGGGGCUGCGGGGCCCCUCUUGUCCCCUCCCAGCCUCCUUCCCACCUCAGGCAGAAACAGGGGGGAGGGGGGGCGGUGAAUUCUGAGAACGGGGUUGUCCUUCCGUGUCUGCCAGGCCUGUGAGGAGAGGUGGGCUUCCUCCCCAGACCUCUCUCCCUUCUGGAAAGCACCGUUUAGGCAACGGAGCUUGUCAUUAGAAUUAAAAAUACCUAUUUCUAAAACAGA